GGAAACACAUUUCUUUGUGCUACUUUAUGUUGAUGAGCCGACCUGAAUGUCCCGAAAUGUAGACUCGGGAAGCUGCAUUGUUAUUCGAUCGUAUCUUCUCCGGUUAUUUUAUGGACAUUAAUGAGUCGCGUCUUUUCAUGUCCACUGUGGACAUCGGAAAUGUGGACACCGAUGGAAGAGAAGGACUGCCUGUGUCUCUGUCACCAGUGCCACCGGCGGUGAUGUGAUGAAAUGGUUGUGUUUCGUCUCUCACGUCCACAUCCAGACAGCAUCGUUUAACUUUUCAAAAUGAGGAUUUUUCUGUCUCUGCUGAAAAACACAAACCCUAAAAUCGAGUAUUACUCCAGGUUUUCUCCUUCCCCGCUCUCCAUCAAGCAGUUCCUGGAUUUUGGGAGGGAGAAUGCGUGCGAGAAGACGUCCUACAUGUUCCUGCGUAAGGAGCUGCCGGUGCGGCUGGCCAACACCAUGAGGGAAGUCAACCUGCUGCCUGAUAACCUGCUGAGUCAGCCCUCCAUCAGACUCGUCCAGAAAUGGUACAUGCAGAGCUUCGUGGAGCUGCUGGAUUAUGAGAAUAGGAAGCCAGAGGACCCUCACACUCUGAAUGAUUUUCUGGAGAUUCUGAUUGAGAUCCGGAACCGUCACAACGAUGUGGUUCCCACCAUGGCUCAAGGGGUCAUCGAGUACAAAGAGAAGUUUGGCUUUGACCCGUUCAGCAGCAGCAACAUCCAGUAUUUCCUCGACCGCUUUUACACCAACCGCAUUUCUUUCCGCAUGCUCAUCAACCAGCACACCCUCCUGUUUGGUAACGACACCAACCCGGCUCACCCCAAACACAUCGGCAGCAUCGAUCCCACCUGCAGCGUAGCUGAAGUCGUCAGCGAUGCAUAUGACACUGCCAAGAUGUUGUGUGAGAAGUACUACUUAGCUGCCCCCGAACUCAAGAUUGAGGAGUUCAACAUGAAGGCUCCAAAAAAGCCCAUCCAGGUGGUGUACGUGCCCUCCCAUCUGUUCCACAUGUUGUUUGAGCUCUUCAAGAACUCCAUGAGGGCGACGGUGGAGCUUCAUGAGAACAGCGCAGAGGGACUUCCACCUGUAAAGGCACGAGUCACUCUGGGGAAAGAGGAUCUCUCAAUUAAGAUCAGUGACCGAGGAGGAGGCGUUCCUCUGAGGAAGAUCGACCGACUCUUUAACUACAUGUACUCCACUGCCCCGACGCCGAGCCUGGAGCCAGGAGCUGUCCCGCUGGCUGGAUUUGGAUACGGUUUACCCAUUUCACGGCUCUAUGCCCGAUACUUCCAGGGGGAUCUGAAACUCUACUCCAUGGAGGGGGUGGGCACAGAUGCAGUCAUCUAUCUGAAGGCCCUCUCCAGUGAGUCCUUUGAGCGCCUGCCUGUAUUCAACAAGUCAGCUUGGCGCCAUUACAAGACCAGUCCGGAGGCGGACGACUGGAGCAACCCCAGCAAAGAGCCACGAGAUGCCACUUCUUCUGACGUGACAAGAAGGACUGAGUGUUGGAAAGCUUCCAUGUCCUGUAGGUUCUCCAUGUUUCAGGCCUGUCUGUAGAGUUUCAUCACUGCCACUGCCUUUGAAAACCUGCCAGUCAAACUGAGGGACUCAGUGACACAUCUGCUGUAAAUGAAGUGAUGUCUAAUAGAACUGAAGGUGGUGGUCAGUGGUCCUAGGAUACACUCUCCAGUCUCCAAUCUCAAUGAUUCUGUCGUCAGAGAUUCUACCUGGACCAUUUCAGAGGAUAUUAACAAAUAAAUAUAUUGUGGAUGCUGUAUAUAUCUAUAAAUAUAUAGAUUGAAGUGAUCACUGUUUUCCAUCCACAUAAACAAAACAACUUUCAUCACAAUGAGGAUUCUGAUGUGAUUCAGCAUGAAAUCAACUUGCAGUACAAACUUGACAAUAAAGAAAUCUGUUCUGUGUGUCUCA